AUGGCUACCGCCGUCGACGUUCCUGCGGCCACCGCAGGAUUGGCACCACGUCGAAUCCCUACAAAGACGAGGGAAUACCCGCUCAUGUCACGCCGCCAAAUCGAAGGCUUGAUUGCUCAGGGCAAAGUCGUUACAAUUGUUGAUCAAUUCGUACUCAAGCUGGAUGGGUGGUUACCGUACCAUCCUGGAGGCGAUAAGGCCAUCCAGCACAUGGUCGGUCGGGAUGCCACCGACGAAGUUACAGUACUUCACUCCCCGGAGGCCAAAGCACAGAUGAUGAGGUAUCGAAUUGGAAGGAUCGAGGGACACUGGAGGAACUUUAUGCCGCCUAUCCAGGGAGGCAAGUUCAGGAAUCUCGACGAGGGCGGCCCCGAUAUGAGUGCCACUGAAGUCAAAAGCAACCUGCGUUUCUUUGGGACCUCCUCCCCCAGCGAUAUUAGUUCUCGCGAAGCUUCCCCCGUCUUCGAUACCACAAAUACCUGUGUCCGCCGUAGACACGGUGCGGCUUCUGUCUCUUCGGCCACCUCGGCAACCAACGAUGAAGACGACGACGACAAGGAAAUGGACGGGACCGCGUUCCUCGACUCUGAGACACGCAAGCGUAUCCACCUUGACCUCGAUAAAUACCCUGCCCUGGAUGACGAGACGCAGUCGGAGAUUGUGCGUAAGUACAGGCUCCUCGACGAGCGUAUCAAGGCGGAAGGGCUGUACAAUUGCAAUUACCAUGCCUACGCCAUCGAGGUGAUGCGUUUUGCGCUCCUCUUUGCUGGUAUGCUGACUUUCUUGCGUUGGGGGUGGUAUUUUCCUAGUGCCGCCUGUCUAGGCUGCUUCUGGCACCAGCUUGUCUUCUCUGCUCACGAUGCUGGUCAUAUGGGCAUCACCCACAAUUUCCACCUAGACACAUGCAUCGGAAUUUUCAUCGCUGACUUCAUGGGCGGCCUGUCCAUCGGUUGGUGGAAGCGAAAUCACAACGUGCAUCACAUCGUCACCAACUCCCCGGAGCACGACCCGGAUAUCGAGCAUUUGCCUUUCUUUGCUGUGUCUCACCGUUUUCUUGGGAACUUGGUGUCGUCCUAUUACGAGCGCGUAAUGGUGUAUGACUUCGCGGCCAAGCUCUUCCUGUCAGUGCAGUCAUAUCUGUACUACCCUAUCAUGCUAUUCGGCCGCUUCAACCUUUAUAGGCUCUCGUGGGACCACCUUAUAAUGGGUCGCGGCCCCAGGAAGGGCAUCGCCUGGUGGCACCGCUGGCUUGAACUAGCCGGUCAGGCCUUCUUCUGGGCCUGGUUUGGCUAUGGCAUUGUGUACAAGUCUAUCCCCUCCAACUGGGACCGCUUCGUCUUUGUAAUCGUCAGCCACAUGUUUCAAGCGCCGUUACACGUCCAGAUCACGCUAUCUCACUUCGCCAUGAGCACAGCCGACCUGGGCCCCCACGAGUCGUUCCCACAAAAGAUGUUACGCACUACUAUGGACAUUGACUGCCCUUCCUGGCUUGACUUCUUCCACGGAGGAUUGCAAUUCCAGGUUGUGCACCACUUAUACCCGCGUAUCCCACGGCACAACCUGCGUGAGACGCAGAGGCUUGUACAAGAGUUUUGCAAUGACGUGGGUAUCCCCUACGCCCUGUAUGGCUUCAUCGACGGCAACAAGGAUGUUAUCGGUCGGCUCGCGGAGGUCUCUCGACAGGCGGCCAUCUUGGCGAAAUGCCAAAAGGUUGCUGCCAAUCAAAUCCACGGCGGCCACCAUCACUAA